UGUGUGAUCGCGGCCACGAUGGCUCACGCCACGCUUCUCGUAUUCAUUGUACUAAAUUAUUUGAAAUUCAUCUACGGAGAGUGUCCUCCAGAACGAGUAGCAGUGGAUCAUUUUGAAGCUAAACUUCACAAGGACCUUUUUUGUGCUUAUGACUACAGCUACCGACCAGUAAAAGACCACAGAAGUACUGUCAAUGUUAGUGUACGUUUCGCCGUAAAAUAUAUAAGUUUCGACGCAUCCGAAGAAACAUUCAAUGUGCAUAGCUGGGUGGCGUUGAAAUGGAAGGAUGAAUUUUUGACGUGGGAUCCUAGUGAAUACGGCAACAUAACAGAAAUUCAAGUGGAGAGUCACGAAAUCUGGACACCACGUAUGUCAUUGUACAAUGCUGACGCGGCGCUCUACCAAUCGGAUCAGAUCUUCACAACAUGUCUAUUGCACAACACGGGGAACGUUACGUGCAUACCGCAUGUUCCGCACUCUGGAAUUUGUCGCUCUACCCUAAAAUAUUGGCCGUACGAUAAACAGAAUUGCACAAUGUAUUUUGGAUCGUGGAUGCAUACUGGAGAACAGAUCAACUUUACAUUUUUCAACAAGAGUGCUGUUAUCUUGGACGAUUAUCAACCAGGUCCUGGGUGGUCGUUGCUACGCGUUAUCCACGAGAGAUUACCUGGUAACUUUGCAUGCUGUCCUACCGUUACAUAUCCGAUGCUGAAAUAUACAUUUAUGAUGAAAAGGGAGUCUGCGGGGCUUGCUGCGAUCAUUGUCGUUCCGUCGGUAGUCAUUAUAAUGAUGACAAUGGUUUCGUUAUUAUUAGAUGUGAAGGACAAUAACAGGUUGGGAUUGCAAUGUUUUUCUCUUUUUGGACAUUUCAUAUUUCUAACAGAAAUAGGUUAUUCCAUUCCUAAGCACGGUGCGGAUACUCCGAUUUUGAUAUUGUUCAUUCGCGAUUCGAUGGUCGUGACACUGAUUUGUAUUUUGCUGACACUACUUAUGAUGUCUUUAAGAAAACGCGUGGAACAGGUCCCGGUGUGGUUAAAGUCAUUGAGUAACCUUGUCAUCAGUGGACCGGGGAGAUACGUGGUUUUUACUGAAUUUGAUCCCAGCAACGCUGAAGAUCAGAAAAAUCUCUCAGAAAAUGAACCAAACGAAAGCCAAUCGCGUUCUGAUUGGAUAACCCUGGCUGAAAUACUUAACAACAUUGUUUUUAUUAUUUUUGUCAUAGUUUAUGUUGUGUUGCUCUCUGUUUAUAUUCCUACCGAUACAAAAUAAAUGUUGUGUUGCUCUCUGUUUAUAUUCCUACUGCUACAAAAUAAUGUAAAAUAGUUAUUAAUUUAGCUGUGUAGACGGCUGUUAACUUAUUUUCAGCUGCUGUAAUACGUUUCAUUUAUUAUAAUUCAUUAUUUCAUUAUAUAGGUAAGGUAAGAUACUAGUUUUUGUGUGUUUAAAAGGUACUUAUAUUAAAUGUUUUAUUUAAAUUCAU